AUGCCUGAAAUAGUAAUAAUCUUGAACAAUUUUUUGUCUGUCGUAUUUUCCCAAACCACUUGUAUUUUGAAUUUCUACCUUUUAUUCUCGAUUUUCUACUCGAAACGGAUCGCAUGGAAAUCUGAAUUAUCAUUGAUAUAUACUCGAUUUGCUUUCGACAUGUUUUACACGUUUUUCGUUCCCCAUAACAAGAUCUACUACAUAAUUCGCCAGAUAUUCCCGGGAUUUGUCGUUAAAAAUCUAUCAUUUUAUCUGAUUUGGCCAACAAUUCCACUUGGAUGUAUUCGUGCGACAUUGGUAUUUCUCAUAACUUUAGAUCGAGUUAUCGCCUUAUUUUUUCCAAUUUCUUAUCACAAUCAUCGCUUCAAAAUCUCGUUAUCAGCAAUAAUCAUCUCAGUUUCCUGUUUUGGAGCGUCCGAUCAUCUGAUCCUAUUCGGUUACUGUAGGUAUACGGUAGAUGUUCCUUUGGAGUGUGACAAUUUUAACUGCGUUAUUAAAACUUGUUUCUAUAGUUAUUGGGUCUCAAGAGACCAAAUUCAAUAUAUUCUAACCGGUACUUUUUCUGUAAUUCUGCUAUUUCGGCUGGUGAUCUGGAAUAAUUUUGUGGCGUCGCAAAGGAAUCAGAACCUGUCCAGGGCGACUCGAAUAGCCCUUCUGGAAUCCAUUGUCAUAAUCUGCUUCAGCAUAAUUCCAUCACUAAUUUUUUCAACUUUUCCGUCCCUGAACUUUGUGUCAGUUGGUCCAUGGACUAUUGUUCUGAAGCAUGCCGGAUUUAUGAUCGAGGCAUUGAUUAUUUGCAAAUUUUUAUUGAAAAGAAAAAGCAAGAAUGGUAUUGGCAGAAAUUCGACUGUGCUCACAUGGUCACAGUAA